AUGCCUUCCAUCGACACUUCACUCGUCGCUCGCGAGGCUGCAAGCCAGCUCGUCAAGCGUGAUAACUGGGCCUCGGAGAAUGUCGGCGUCAUGGUCGUCUUUUGCAUCGUCUUCGUUGUUGCUGUCGGCGUCUUCGCUGUCUGCCUCAGCAAGUACCUGCAGAAGCGCAAGGACCGGAAGCCCGCCCCGUAG